CAAAUAAAAUUUUUUUACUCAUUAUGAUUCAUUUUAUAUUUUUUCUUUGCAUUCUAUCUCUUUAAAAUAUAUAUUGAUACCUUUUUAAAACCAAGCAAAAAAAUGACAGUUGCAAGCACUCCGCGCACAACAACCCCCAGCAAGCGGGUACUAGACUCAGCACAGUUCAUCAGUAGGCGCAGCCACGACGUCUCCGUUCCAACCAAGGGCAUCCUCCAUGCCACCAAGGAGAUCCAACAUCGGAUGAAGCAAAGCAACUACUCAACCAGCAGCUGGAAAUCCCACCCACUCAACCCAAAAACCGCCGACUCAUCCGCCAUCGAGUGGAUCUUCCUCAUCGACGCACUAAACUUUUCCUUCUGGACCACUCGCCCCACCAAUGAGCAAUACGCGGUGACCUUGGAUGAGAAGACGUACCGCGGGUACUGGUCACUAUGCGCAGCGGUGAAUCGCGCUCAGCGUGAGGGUGUGGAUCUGACGGAUGCCCGGGUAUAUGCGCGGAUAUCGGAGGAGGAGCUGCGACAGGUGUUUCGCACGGAUGAUCCCCGGGUACAGGAGGAAAUACCCAUGUUCCAAGAGCGACUCCAUGUGCUGCAUGAGGUCGGUCGCGUGCUAGUGGAUAAGUACCAGGGAAGGUUCGCCAAUUUACUAAAGGAAUGUCAUGGAUCAGCACAAGCAGUAGCCGAGAGGGUGGUAGGGGAAUUCCCAUGCUUUCGCGACGAGCACUUGUAUAGGGGAAAGUCGGUGGCCAUGUAUAAGCGGGCGCAGAUCCUGGUGGCUGACCUGUGGGCAUGCUUUGAGGGCUGUGGUGCUGGUGCGUUUAAGGACAUCGACCAGGUGACGAUGUUUGCUGACUACCGCGUGCCCCAGGCUCUGUACCAUUUUGGCGCCCUAAGGUAUUCGCCCAGGCUGAUGAGGCAUUUGAGGGAGGACGGAAGGCUGCCGUCUGGACACCCGUGGGAGGUCGAGAUCCGCGCAAACAGCAUUUGGGCUGUCGAGUGCAUCCGCCGCCAGCUUCAAGCAGACGGAUGCAAGGACAUUAAUGCUGUUUUGAUAGACUUUUACAUGUGGGAUUAUGCCAAGGAUAAUGCCGAGGCAAUGCAGGAUAUCCCGAUCCACCUGACACGUAGCGUGUUUUAUUGAAAAUGUAAUAU